CAAUAUUACGUCUGCUCAUGUUGUCACUUUUUCUUUUCAAGUGGUCAGUUCAAAUUUGUUCUCAGUUUCGUUACUUUUGCACUAAUUAAAUAAAAAAGUUACAAAAGUUCAAUUAAAAUUCUUCUAAAUCUAAUGUUUAUGAACUGUGUUGGACGAUUGGCAUCCUUAAGCCGUUUUUUCUUCUUCAAGGAUUUUAAAUUUUACAUUUUGCAAAAUCAAUGUGUGCGAUGGGUGAAGUAGCUGAAAUAGCUAGGAAAGUUCUCCUUCCCCCCGUCAAAGUUAUCAACGAACGAAGCCACUUCGAAAAAGGAUUUCAACGUGAAUGGUCAAGUAAAGUCGAUGACGCCGUAUGUGAAUUACAAAAGCUAGUUCUGAAUGGUACCUCCGUAACAAAAGAAGAGUGGACCAAAAACAAUCUAGCUUUAUUGUCAUUACUCAUCCUGUGCGGUGAGCACAGUAUUUGUUCUGAAUGGAGUACUCAGAAAUCAGUUGAUAAUGUGAAAGAUCUCCUUAACCUUUUGCUCUCCAAGCUUCACCUCCAAAAUAUUCAGGAUAUAUUUGCCAUGGACGGUGUUGCUUAUUCCACUCUUCAACAGCUUAAACCGAAGCUAGGGAAAAACCAAAUCAAAGAAAACCCUGCAGCAGUCAGUUGUUUUGUUUGGAUUAUCAGCAAUACUAUGCUGCCUUCUAUUGAUGAAUCGGUAGAUUUUGCUGUGCCUGUUUCUUUAGUGUUAUUCGAUGAUUGGGAACCAGAUUACCAGAAGAAAGGCCUAGAGUGUCUUCAUCAUAUAUUAAGUCUCAACCCAAAAUCUCUGCUCCAACGAGGAUGGUUUGCAGUCAUAUUUAGUGCUUUAAAGAAAAACGUUGAAUUCGAUGACAAGUUAAAUUUGUACAAGUGCCUCGACAUCUGCCUCAAAGCUCAGAACUUGGAUCCAGAUGAUCCGUCUCAGUGGAAUCAAGAUGACCAAUACGAUUCACUCGCCAGCGAUGUGUUAAAAUCCAUGAUAAUUCAAGAUUCACCAUCUGCCACGUCCUGCAAUCUAAAUAUUUUAAUAUUAAUUUUCCAUUCUAUGAAAAUCAAAAUGGCAAAGUUUCUUCCGUCAAUAAUUUCUGUAUUGGACAACUACGUCACUGUUGGUGUUUCGCCCGAAAUUCACGUUUUAUCAGCUGAGGUCAUGGAGCAAAUUGUUGAAUAUUGCUGGGUCUGCCUGGAACCGCAAUUUACUAGACAGUUAUCAUGGAUUUUAUUUAAGCUUGCCAAAGAAAACGUAAUUGACGAAGUGACGAAACUGAAAAUCGUUAACUUGCAAGAAUUGCUUAAACAAGUAUCUCUUUAAACAUGCAGCAAAAUCUUAAUUUUUAACAUAAAUGAAGCUUAAAAUUGUUUUGUAAAUUUUGCUGUGAUAUGAUUAAUUAUGCUUGAAAGUACAUAUCAUGAUAUCAUUUCCAAUUUUCUAAAAAUGACGAGCAAUUCAGUUAGCAACUUUGCAUUUACCUUUUCUAGCCAACUUCUUCAAAGCCACGCCUACCGGUUUGAAAAUUCGCGCCUAGUUGUCCUGACAACAAGCAGACGACAAAAGCCUAAUAGCUCAAAAUCGACAACAAACGUGUGUUUUUGAAGUUAAAGUACCGAGAAUAUUAUCUUUAAAUAUCACCAAUGUUUCUUCUUUAUUGGAACCAUAGCUCAGUAAAAUAUUGAAAUGGAAAAGAAUUGGUUUACUUUAUCGUCGAGAUUCAGUUGAAUCUACAUUUAUUUUUUCUUCCACGCGUUUAUUAUUUCGUGUCACUAUUACUCAAGUUGCUACGUGUGAUGCAAAUCGGCACUAACAUUCAACAGUGAUUUAUCAGUCGUGUGUUUUAUUGGACAUCGACAACAGCCUCUGUGCUUGAAAUUGGCUGGCUAAUCCAGUAAUUGUUAAAUCAGAUUUAGUUUAUGCACUGGUGUUUAUUUGUUUCCUGUGCAAGCUUGCUGAGUUGUUGCUGGACGGUUUUGGCCAGUGAAGGGUCGAUAAGAGCUGCUUUCUGCAAAAGAUUGAUCAUUUUGGAGCAAGCAGCGCUUUCCAUCUAGCGGUGAGAUUGGCAACUACGAGUCGAUGGCAACUGGCCGAGUGGGCGGAGCCGAAAAUCAGAGCUCGUCGCAUGUGCUGCCGGAUCAACACGAACGUCUAAGAUGGAAAAUAGCUCGGCUUACCACGGUCAUGGCCCGUCUCCGAUCCCGACUCAUCAGUCUCAUCCAGCGGCGGCUCUGGUGGCCUUUUCGCAGGCCAGUAGUCUGAGCGAAGCCCUCCGAUUGUCGCGACCCUUUCCCCAGGGUUCGGAUGGCAAGGAUUUAAACAAUCCAUUUUCGACUGUUUCGCUUGGCGGAUUGCGUCCGUCUGAGGUCGGAGCCGCCGCCGCUGCAGCCGCCGCCGCCGCAGCUGCCGCUCACCACCACGGAUUGACUUGGCCGUUUCUCAAUCUGCACAAUCCGUUUUUCCAUCACGUUCCGUCGCUCGACCCGAGAUUGCCGUUUGGUUCCGGCGCCUUCCGGCCACUCACCCCUGGCGAGGAACUUCAAACUUUGAAAUCUUCGUCCUCUUCAUCGUCUUUCCAUCCAGGCGCCUUUGCCGCCGGAUUGACUUCUCCGCAUCACCAACAACAGCAACAACAACAACAACAAAAGGGUCACCACCACAACAACCACCAGGGCGGUGGUGGGGGUAAUGGUGGCGGUAAAAUUGAAAGUUUGCCGUUCAAUUUGAGCCGCUACAAUCCGUUCAGUUCGGCCAUGGAAUCAUCAAUGGCCGCCGCCGGACGGCUCGUCUUCAACUCGAAUGGCCAGCGCGUCAUUCAAGGCCAGCCGGAAUCGCCUUCCAACAACAAUAACAACGGAGCCGCCAAUGCUGCUGCCGCCGGAUCGGCCAUGUCGCCGUCGGCUGGAUGUGCGGAUUCGUCAUCUCAUCCAUCGUCGGCGGCUUCUUCGUCCAACAACAACAACGAUGGCCGCGACGCUGCCGGAACGCCCCUUUCGGAUGCAGCGACGGAACGAUCGACUCCGGACGACAUCCGCACCUCUCGACGCCGGAAGAAGUCUCCACUGGAUCCGUCGUGCUGUCCCGUUUGCGGCAUCACUCUGCGAUCUUCCGAUUUGGAAGUUCAUUUUGUACAGGAACUGGAACGACUGGAACGCGUUUCGCGCACUUUCCGCUCAUCUUCGCAUCAUCAUCAUCAUCACCAUGGAUCGAGCGGCGGCAGCAGCAUCAGUCCGUCGGGCUCGUCCGGCGCCAUGUCGGCCCCCGCCGCCACAUCGCAAGUCCAAAAACGUGAACAAGAUACUCGUUGGGAGACUUUCCAUCGCAUUCGAAUUAAUCGAACGAAUCGAGUCAGAGCUAAAGCUCGAAAGCGUCGAGCCGACGAACGUGAAGACACUCCCGAAAACGGCCAUCACCAUCCGCAUCUCCACCACGGCGCAAUGGGCGGAGGCAAUGCCGGAAGUAGCUCUGGAAGUUCCAGCACUCCGUGCCCCAUUUGCGGCCAGCGAAUGUACGGAUCGGCCGAGGAAUUGAAUCAGCACGUUGUCCAGUGUCUCAGACGGAAUGGAGAAGACGCUGAUGAAGAUGAACCGUUGGAUGUCGAAGGUGACAGUUACGAAGAAUAUGAAUGGGCUGGACAACGACGUAUCAGGGCCAGCACCAUGUUAGAAGGAGGUUUUGGAGGUGUCGGUAUGCAUAUUUGCAAAGCCGGUGAUGAAGAGACUGAAGACGUGGUGGUGGACGGUGACGACACGGCCGCAUUCGGCCAGCCGCAGUUCAACGAACACGACAUCCAGACAGCCGCAGCUGAUCACACCUCCCAAGAAGAAGGCAUAAUAAAAUGCGAGCGAGAUGCUCAGAUGUCGUCGGCUUACAAGGAAACGGAUUCCAAAGAUCACAUCAUCAACGCGUUGAAGAAUCGUGUUUGUGAUUUAGAAGAAAUGAACAAAGAAGCCAAGCAGAAAAAUCGCUGUCUCAUCUGUCUGGGCGAUUAUCGACAGCCUGUAGUAUCCACUUCGUGUUGGCACGUUCACUGUGAAGAGUGUUGGCUUCAGGCAUUGGGCAACAAGAAACUCUGCCCUCAAUGCAAUUUGAUUACCUCGCCGACUCACCUCAGACGGAUUUACAUGUGAAUUUCUUAAUGUGAUGGUGUCAAAACAAAUUAUUUUGGGUUCUCAUAAGUCACUGAAGAAUUUUUUUUCAAAUUCAACAUUUAAACUCUUUAAUUAUGAUUUUUUUUUGGCCAACAUUGUUUUCCCCCGAAACUUUUUCUUCCAUCAUUUUUCUCUCUCUCUCAACAUUGUUUCCUUUAUUUUGAUUGGGUGUGCGUAUGUACGCGUGUUCUCUGUUGUUCAUGUGUAAAUAUAGUAGGCUUUCUCGCA